UUCGGUCGUGUCGCCGGUAGGCAGAUCCUUAUCUAUGGCGGACGCCAUUUGUUCCUCGUUGGGUCGAGGGAAUUGUCAGGGCUCAGAGUCUAUGAAGCGUCACCUCGAAGAUGUCUUGUCGGAAGAGGCCUCUGGAAAGAAGCCUCAGAAGGAUCCAUAUGCUCGGGUAUUUCGCACAACGGUGACACCCCGUUGUGAACGGCGAGUGCGCCUGUGCCGAUUAUUUCUGCUGUGCGAGGAAUUCUUUCACUGAUAUUCCUGAUGCCGAUGACCUGGUUCAUGCUCAGGAAUUCAAAGAUAUGGUCGUUCUGAUGCUCAUGGCUAAACUGGAGGACAUGUUUACUGAGAAGGAAGCCCGAGAUGACAAGGUAAAGGAGCUCGUGACGGUGGCUAAGGAGUUGGCUUCCGCUGUUGAAACUGCGACUGCUAAGGCGGAAUCUCUUCAAGCCGAUCUUGGGGCGUCGAUUAAUCGUGAGGCUAUCCUUCAAGCUCAGAUUGGCGAUCAGCAGGAAACUCUAGAUGAAAAGAUUGCUCAUCUUGACAAAAUCAUGAUGACUAUGCAGCAAGGAAGGUAGCACGGGAUGUUCGUGAUGCGAUCAUGAGGUACCGAGGGAGUCUUGAGAGGUGGAGUACUUGAUCGAUCAGGAGCGAGUCAAAAAAACUUAUUUUUAAGGAAAAUCAAAUGUCCGGGAUCGUUUUGUGCCUUGAGGCUUGCAUUAGGGUAGCUU